AUGUCAGAAGCCAUCAUCGCCUGGAUCGCUGAGCAUCCCUACCAAACAUUCUUCCAUGUGGUAAACGGUGUCGUUCUUCUCACACCCGCUGCUGCCACUGUUCCGAUCUUUGCUACGCUAGGACUAAGUGCUGGUGGACCUGUUGGAGGCUCGGCGGCAGCGGCGAUUAUGAGUUAUUUCAGCUUCGUGCCUGCUGGAGGCAUAUAUGCCAUGGCUCAGAGCGCGGCUAUGGGUGGUUACGGGGCGAGCAUUGCUGCUGGUGCGGCGCAGGCUGGAGCUGUUGUUAGUUCGGCGGCGGCGUACUUGAUGGGCCGAUAG